CCAAAGGGGUCCUGAGAGUGUAAACUGUGUAGGAGGACGUUUGUUAACGUAUCACCUGGUCAGCAGCAGUAAACAUGAGCGACAAUAAUUACCGCUUCCUUGGGAUUCACACUUCAGUAGAGGGAAAGUCUGAGGAACGACACGGGUGGUCCAAGUACCAGCUGUUGGAUCUGCCCUGGGAGGAUGUCCUCGUCACACAUGUGCUGUGCUACUUGCCUUUACGACACCUAGUCAGCCUUCAGCGUGUGAGCAAGAGCUUCCGCUCACUAAUUCAGGUUUAUCUGGCCAACUGCCACUCAUUCGACCCCACACAGACAGGGCCUCAUGUUCCUAAGGAAGCUUUUUGUUCCAUGCUCUGCGAUAAUAAAGUCCUCCAGAGUCUCUCUGUACAUGGCUGUUGUGACUGGAUCACUGAUGAGGAGCUGCUUCCUGUGAUCGGUCAGAACCAGCAGCUGCAGCGUGUGGACCUUCACGGCUGUGUCCACCUCACUCGGCACGCUCUGGUGGCUGUGGCUCUUGGUUGCCCCCGUUUGCAGCACCUGGGCCUGGCUCACUGUGAGUGGGUAGAUAAUCUGGCACUGAGAAGUCUAGCAGAUCACUGCAACGAGCUACGAACGCUGGACCUCACCGCCUGCAGGCAGCUGAGAGACGAGGCCGUGUGUUAUGGGGCGGAGCAUUGGCCCAUGCUGCGCUCCAUCUCUGUGGCCAUCAAUGCCAACAUCACAGACACGACUGUGGAGGAAGUGGCCAAGCACUGCAGAGAGCUCGAGCAUCUCGACCUGACCGGAUGUCUGAGGAUUCACAAUGAGGCCAUCAAGACUGUGGCUGAAUACUGCCCUAAACUGCAGUCUCUGAAGGUGAAUCACUGUCACAACGUUAGUGAGUCCAGUCUGGGUGUGUUACGAAGGCGGAAUGUACAGAUUGACGUGGAGCCUCCCCUGCAGAGGGCGCUGGUGCUGCUACAGAAUGUUGUUGGCUUCGCUCCCUUCAUCAACCUACAGAUAUAACAGUACAUGGGGGUGGGUGUGUAUCAUACCUCUCUGAAGAGUGCUGCUGUUACUCAGUGAACUUUACGCUCAUCAGUCAGGUGUGAUUUUAUGAGAGGUGUGGUACAUGCGACCCCAAGAUGAAAUCAGGACUUCCUUCAUCCUUGAUCUAUUUGGAGUGACUCCCUGUGCUGGUGCAGUGCAAUAACAUUGACAGUGUACUUUUAUGAAAUAUCUGUUUCAGUUAUGCCUAUACAUUGAGUAUAUAUGUACAGUAUUUUGUUCUACCAGGGGUUCCACCAGCCCUGUUUCCAGACAUGAAAAAUUACAUGAGGUGCAGUAAUACAAAGGCAUCGUAACUCUUCCAGCUGCUGCAACAUGCAUGACUGAUUAGAGACAGUUGUGUUUACCUCUAAUAAAAAUGUCAUUGGAGCCGUCAUACUUGAGAUUUGCAUGCGUGAAUGCAAUGUCUUUUAGAUAUUCAGAUACAUUGUGGUGUUGUUUUUUGUUUUGUUUUGUUUUGCUCUGAGCACUCAUUUCCAUUAGGAAUAUAUGAAUUGGGAUUGAACAUACUUACAUAAGUAAUUGUUGGAAAUGUACUGUUUAAUAUUUAAUUUAUUUAUUUUUCCAUGGUAAACAUCAGCUUUGUAUAAUUUUGCACUUACUGAAAGAUUGACGGAAACAUGCUGCAUCAAAGUAUCUGUUGAUUUUGGUUUUAAUUUACAGAGCAGAUUGUGAGUUGUAUUUCAUGUUAAGAGUGUUUGUGGAUACACAUGAAAAUGCUAUUUCAUGUAAAAACCCAAAGCAAUUAUUAUUUCUACGGGAAUAACUUGAAACUGCCACCAAACAACCUCAACAUACCAGAUUAGCUUUAAACCAGACUGAAUGUGUUUAUUAUCACAUGUAGGGAUGACAGUAAGAUUUCAUUCUAGUACUUUAGAUUUAUGUUGUAAAAUGUAAUUGAACUAAAGAAUUUGCACCAAGGUUGGAUUGGUGCUAUAAAGGAGUGGAUUAUGCAGCUUGGUUAUACAUCACUUGUCAUUAAUACUGUAGAUCAAAGUGUUCUGGGCUCCACAAUUAUUAUUGAUGACUCCAUGAAUAUGGGUUUUAUUAUUAUUGUUUUUUUUUUUCUGUUAAAUCUACAAUUAUUGUAAUAGAAUUUAUUCAACAGCAGUUUUGUACAUGUUCAGUAUGGUACAAGCUUUGCAUUUUUUAUAUUUUGUUCUGUUUAAAGUUUAUUUGUUCUGAUUAUGUGUUAUAGAAAUGUUAUAAAUGGUUAUACAAUAGUACAAUAUUGUGCAAUAAUACAAUAAUAUGCAAUAUUGGUGAGGUUUUGGAAAGAUUUAUUUAAUGUCUAAUAGCAUUUUAUAAAUUUCACAUUUUGACUUGUU